AUGUCUAACCUGGGCACUCGGCUUGGAGAGCACGUCGGACUCGUCGCUCGAACAGCGCGACACCACUGCUCCAAAGCCAAGACUGAGUUGCACAACAUAUUUGAUGAUGCAAAACUAUCGCCAAAAGCAAUCCUAUACACUGGCCUCGUCUUCGUCACGUGUAUCUGGCUCACUCUAGCAUUCACCCGUCACGUGCGCAACACAACAAGAAGAAACCAAGCAAACACCAACGAACCCAGCACCCCGAAUCUCGAAAAGCGAUCCCUAUUCCGAGCACCCGAGCGACCAUUCGGAGUAUGGCACCCCCACCCCUUCACCCGCCCCCGUGCCUCCCCUUAUCCAAACUGGUCCCUAACCUCCACCCCCCCACUCCCCUACCGCCCCUUCCGCUACGGCCCCAAAUACAACAUCACCAUGGGCCUCCGCAGCAUGCCCUGGGACACCUGGAUCGAACUCGAUUCGGACUACCUGCACUACCACUCGCUCAAAGCCUCACGCAUCGCAUCCCGCGGCACCCAAUGCAUUCGCACCGCGCCCGAAGCGGUGGAUGCGGCGCGCGAGCUCGCUGAGGAGUUGGUGGCGUACUUGCCUGAGCGGUAUCCUUGUUUGUUCGAGAAGACAGAGAGCGGGAUGCGGAAUCUAGCGACAGGGGAGCAAUUCGAUGUGAGCCGGAUGGAGAGGAAUGGGGAAAGCGAGGAUGCGAUGACGCUUUGUGCACGGAUGGUGCAGGAUGAUGUUGCCAUUAUGAUGGAGAGGGGGGAUGGCCAGUAUUAUCUUGUUGCUGGGGCGAUUUUGCUGCCUGGGUUUUGGAGGCUGGGGGAUAAGUUUGGCAUGGGGUUGAGUGAGAUUCAUACGAGUGGGGAUGUGCCGGGGUUCAAGGAGAAACUGGAAAAAGGCAUGGUCAACUUUUUCCGUCGGAUUCAGCCUCAGAGCCCCAUGCUACGCAACAACUACUUUAUUCAGGUGGAUGAUAAGCUGGCGUGGAGCGAGAGUAUAGGAAGUGAAGAUGCUACUGCCGAGGGAGAGGUAGGAUGGUUUACGGCGGAGAAGAAUAAGGCGAUUGAGCAUCACUACUUCCGGAGCGAACGACAAAGUUUGAGACGACUACCAAGAUCCGGUGGUGUCGUGUUUACCAUACGAACCUAUAUGCGUCCAAUCACAAGCCUUGCGGAGGAGCCAUAUGUCCCCGGCCGACUGGCUAGCGCCAUCCGGUCUUGGGGCGACGAUGUCAGCCGGUACAAGGGCAAGGACAGGUAUGGCGAUGUUUUGCUCGAGUACCUGGACAGAAAGCAUGCCGAGCAAAUAGAGCGCGGAGUCGUUGUUGAGGGGGAGGAAGAGACAGAGAGUGCGUAUCCUUUCUAG